AUGCCGUCACCAAGCAGCCUGGACAACAUGAUAGAGUCUGUCCUGAAACGCAUCGCCAAAAAGAAAGAUCUCGGCAACAACAUAAAAAAUGGAAGUCCCGUAUCGAAAUAUGCUCAAAAAGGGCAGCUAAGAGCUCGGAUUAUAUUCUGCAACGCAGGUUUCAAAGGUUACGUCGAGCGUAAAGGCCGUUCACUCCAGCGUCACAAGCGCGUCUACGCCAUCGUACUGGAGCUUAACAAAUUCCGCAUCAAUAUGAACCAGCUUUUCGACCAAAACCUCAACGAGAUUGUCAGGAGGCUGUAUUGGCUGUUCAAGACGGAAAAGGCGCCACCUCUUUCGUAA